AUGGCUGAGGACACUCCCACCGCCUCCGCCCCUGCUGGAGAGCAGGUCGCUGAGCAGCGCGCGCCCGACACUGAGACCAAGCCUACUGAGCAACCAGCUGCUGAAGCGCCUCAGGAGAAAGAGGCGGAGAAGGCUGCUGAGCCCGAGAAGGAAAAGCCAUCUGCAGAGAACGAUGUGAAGCCCUCAGAGGGGAAGGAGGAACCCGCUGAGGAGAAGAAGGGGCCUGCUGAGACCUCAGCUGAACAACCCAGCGCGUCUGCAGAGGCUACCGACGCGAAGGAAUCGCAAGAGGCCGCCGCUACUGCUGCUAAAACUGAAGCUGCUCCUCAACCUGAAGCCAACGGAACGCCUGCGUCGACCAAGAAGAGUGCGAAGCGCAAGUCUGGCGGUAUCCCGGAACACAAGUCCAAGCCGAACAGAAGGAAGUCGAUCGCCAACCAGGUGCAAGCGAAGCCUGGCGAGUACUAUUUGGCGCGUCUUCGGAGUUUCCCUCCAUGGCCAUCCAUCGUCUGUGAUGAGGAUAUACUCCCCCAGAGUCUGCAAGAGUCGCGUCCAGUGAGCGCCUAUCGGGCUGAUGGAACUAUCCGUGAUGAAUACGCCGAGGGUGGCAAGCGCGCUCAUGAAAGGACCUACCCCGUGAUGUUCUUCCAGACCAACGAAUUUGCUUGGAUUCAGAACACAGCCCUCACCCCCACUGAUCCCGAGACAUGCAAGAACGUCAGCGAAAAGGGCAAGUCCAAGCAGCUCCUGUCCGCUUACCACGUGGCUGCAGAGGGCCACGGCCUAGAACACUUCAAGACCAUUCUAGCGGAUCAUGACGCUGCGCUGCAGCAGGAGAUUGAGGAGCAGGAGGCCCGGGCCGCUGCAAAGGCUGAAAAGCAAGCGAAGAAGAACAAGCGAAAGAGCAUGGACAUUGUUGAUGAUGGCGCUGAAGAUAUCGAGAUGGAGGAUGCAGAUGAUACGAAGAAACCCAAGAGCUCGAAGAAGCGCAAGAAGGAUGCUGGAGACGAGGAAGAGAAGCCUGCAAAGACGCCCAAAACCACCACCAAGUUGAAGCUGACAACACCCAAGACGCCUACUGAGGGUACCGGAAAGAAGGCGACUGGCGCCAGCAAGUCCAAACAAUCUGCCAAGAAGGGCAGGAAGGCGGCGGGCAGUGACGAGGAUGCGGAGGAGACGGGUGCUGAGGCCAAGGAGCCCGAGAAGCCAAUUGACCCGCAAGAACUCAAGAACAAGAGAGAAAAAGAGGUUCUGUACAUCCGCCACAAGCUUCAAAAGGGCUUCAUCUCUCGCGACUCACCGCCCAACGCGGAGGAAAUGACGGCCAUGUCGAACUACAUUUCCAAGCUGGAGAGUUACGGCGAUCUGGAGGUUGCCAUUAUCCGCGUCACCAAAAUCAACAAGGUUCUGAAGAUGAUUGUCAAGCUCAACUCCCUCCCUAGGGAUGAAGAACUCCAGAUCCGGCAACGUGCGAUGACGCUGCUGUCCAAGUGGAGACAUGACCUUGAGGAGGUGCCUACCCCCGGCGACAAGGAAGACAAGGCCAAGGCCAACGGCCAUACCAAGGAAGACAGCGUUGACACGCCUACUAAGGAAGAAGAGAAGAAGCUCAACGAAGAGUCCAACGAGCACGUGGAUGAGCCUAUGCCUGAUGUUGAUGCUGCGGAGAAGCCCAAGGACUCGGAAGAAAAGCCUAAAGAGGCUGAAGCCCCUAAGGAGGGCGAAGUAAAGGGGGAAGAGAAGGCUGAAAAGGCGGAAGAGAAAACCGAGGAAAAGCCCGAAGAGAAGAAGACUGAGGACAAACCCGAGGAAAAGGCUGAAGAGAAGGCUGAGACUGAAAAGGCACCAGGGGCUGAAGCAAAAGACCAGCCCGCCUCAACAGACAAGCUAGCAGAGGAGCAGCCAGAAAAGCAGGGUGAAAAGACCGAAGAAAAGAAGGCUGAAGAGAAGGCUGCUGAGGCGGCAUAA